CACAGGAUGGAAUAAGAACCAUUGUCUUAAGCUUUUCUGGAAUGUGGCAAGCAGCUUUCCAGACAUUUCUCUCUGUCCAUAGCUCAAGUCUAAAUCUUGGCGAGGAUACUUAACCUGAUUUCAUGCAUAUCUCCAUAGGACUAUCUGCAUUAGCACUAGAGUGAGUCGGAUUCUUUGUUUCCAUGCCGACCCUACGGAUGGUGUGAGCCUGUUGUCUUUGGUGGACUGAAGACAGAGAGGUAUCCCACAGUGCCGAGCACUGCUAGCAUGCCUGUGCAUCAAAUAUCAGUUGUGCCUAUUGCCAAGGAGACUGCAAGUAACAUUCGGAGCUCCAGCAGGACUAGAGACAAGAGUAAAGAGAAUGAGGGUGAGAAGGCACCUGGACGAUCAGGAAGUCGUUCCAGCAAUAUUUCUAAGGCGAGCAGUUCCAAGGAGUCCAAAGGAGCCGUGCUAAACAGUGUUUCGCAAACAUCAGUUACACCUUCUUCUCAGGACAUUUGCAGCUCUACUGGUUACACUAAACAUGCAGUAGAUGGCUCAGAUCAAGCUACACUCAUCAUGCCUGUAAGCCACACCCCCCACUCUAUCCCCAAUGCGAAGCGACAAGUCAAACGUCGCAUCCGGCGGCGACGGGACAACGGUGGAACAGGGACCGCUGGGUGUGUCACAGAGUGUGUGAACCAACCGAGACCUUCGCGGUCACAUAAACAUGUACCCACACGGUAUGAUUCGUCCUCUGAAGAUGAGCAGCACUGGAGAGAAGCUCGCUCCUGGAGCCGUCAGAAAGCAAGACGGAGACGCAGCAGCAGCCGGCACGUGCAAACACAGGACAUCGUUGAGCUUGAUGAGGGACAGAAAGAGAACAAGCCUCCACACUGCAAGAGCCCCACCACCAAGGGCCACAAAAAGGUUUUGGCAAAAAGAGAGGAGCGUGGGAGCCAAAGUCAGGCACCUAAAGAGGGUGGGCGUGGCAGUAGUAGGUGUGGAAGUGAGGAGGAUGAGCCUAUUAGAAAGUCGUAUGAGGAGGGAGGCUCUGGACACCCAGAUAUGGCUGUCCCGUCUGCCUAUAAAUGCACAAAUUCCCCCAAUCAAAAUGGUUCUUCUCAACAAGCAUGCACUGAUGAUGAACUAGAGGUGUGCAGGAUCUGUCACUGUGAAGGUGAUGAAGAAUGCCCACUCAUCACGCCCUGCCGGUGUACAGGAAGUUUGCGUUUCGUGCAUCAGACCUGCCUGCACCAGUGGAUCAAGAGCUCUGAUACACGCUGCUGUGAGCUGUGCAAAUAUGACUUCAUCAUGGAAACACACCUCAAACCUCUAUGCAAGUGGGAGAAGCUGCAGAUGUCUGCAAGUGAACGAAGGAAGAUCUUUUGUUCGGUGACCUUUCAUCUGGCAGCCGUGGUGUGCGUCGUCUGGUCUCUGUAUGUUCUGAUUGACCGUACAGCUGAAGAAAUCCGACAAGGCAAGAACAACGCGUUGCUGCGUUUGUCCCCUCUCACUGCCGUAGGGGUGCUGGAGUGGCCGUUCUGGACCAAGCUUAUUGUGGUGGCCGUCGGAUUUGCUGGAGGACUCAUCUUCAUGUACAUUCAGUGCAAAGUCUAUCUGCAGCUGUGGAGGAGGCUGAAGGCUUUCAACAGGAUCAUCUUUGUACAGAACUGCCCCGACCCCGUCCGCAACGGAGAUAACAGGCUCCCACUGGUCACCCAAAGCAACGGCAAACAUGAGGCAGUGGAGGUUUCUGGACCUCAGACACAGACGAACACUUCCUGCCCUGCUCCUCCGGGAAGUGUGGAGGUAGCUCCAGUCUGAAAGUGGGUGGAGAGGUUGUGGCCACUUACUGUCCCUCCGCAAAAUAGGCAUGAGGACAGAAGGUUGGCUGCGUCUCCAGAGGCUCACUCCAGAGUGAACUUAUGUGGUUGAAAUGUGGGGAAAAUCUAGCCAAGGACUUCUAAUGCAUUUGACCAAAGUGAUGUUAACUUUAAUACAAAAAGCACUUUCUCCUUGCCGUUUGAUGUGUCUGAUCCUUAUAAAAAAAACAUGCAGAAAAAACAUAUCCUUAAUUCACACAGAUUCUUUAAAAUUACAGUUUAACUCAAUGAAAUUGUUAAAUUCAGUAAAAACCUUUAAAGUAAAAAAACAACAACUAGAAAACAGAGAUGCAUUGGUACAUAGCUUUUAUUCUUUUAGCAAUGUGUAACAUUAACUUAGUUUUUAAAAACUGUGUGUAAAAAGUAAUUGUCUUAUUUUGACACAAAUAUAUUAUUUUUGACAGGAACUAUAGUACUGGAGAUACAGUGGCAAAAAAAAGUAUGUGAACCACUUGGAAUUUCAUGGUUUUCUGAAUAAAUUUGUCAUAAAAUGUGAUCUGAUCUUCAUCUAAGUCAUGGCGGAUAAAAAUUCUUAUCUUUCAUGUCUUUAUUGAACACACUCAUUCAACAUUCAAAAUGGCAGUGAAAAAAGUAAGUGAACCCUUAGGCUUAAUAACUGGUUGACCCCCCAAAACCAGGCGCUUCGUGUAGCUGUGGACCAGAUCUUCACAUAGUUGAAGAGGAAUUUUAGCCCAUUCUUCCUGGCAGAACUGCUUUAGCUCUUUGGACACCUCAUAUAUAUGGCCCUCGUAGUAAAUUCAUAGCAUCUUUAUUGGGUUGAGGUCUGGGCUCUGACUUGGCCACUCCAAAAGGCGGAUUCUGUUAUGGACUUGCUCUUGUGUUUUCGGUCGUUGUCCUGUUGCAUCACCCACCUCUACACAGUUUCAGCUGAUAUACAGACAUUCUCAUGUUAUCCUGAAGAAUUGUCUGAUAUACUUGGGAAUUCAUCUUCCCCUCAGUGAUUGCAAGCUGGCCAGGCCCUGAUGCAGCAAAGCAGGCCCAAAUCAUGAUGUUUCCUACACCAUGCUUUACAGUUGGGAUGAUGUUUUCAUGAUGAUAUGCCGUGCCCUCUCUACACCAGAUGUAGAGCUGUGCGUUUUUUCCAAAUAGUUCAAUCUUAGUUUAAUCAAUCCACAAAACAUUUUGCCAAUACUGCUGUGGAGUGUCAAUGUGCUCUUUUGCAAACAUUAGGUGUGCAGCAAAGUUCUUUUUUAGUAAGCAGUGGCUUCCUCCGUGGUGUCCUGCCGUGUAUACCCCACUUGUUCAGCGUUUUACGUAUUGUAGACUAAGGAACAGAGAUGUUAGCAAGUUCCAAUGAUCCCUUUAAAUCUGUGGCUGUUAUUCUGGGUUGUUUCUUUACCUCAUUGAUGAGUCUUAGUUGUGCUGUUGGUGUCACUUUGACUGGGCGCCCACUUCUUGGUAGAGAAGCAACAGUCCCAAAGCAUCUCCAUUUGUAGAUUGUUUGCCUAACUGUAGACUGAUGAAUUUCUAAAGUCUUUGAAAUAACUUGCAAUAACAUUCUUGAUCGUAGCUACACUGAAAGCUCUUUUUGGCAAGGCAUGGCACACAUAAGCGUGUUGUUCUUGUGCAGAGCAAACUCUAAACGUUUAAGCAGUUUUUAUCAGUCAAAGUAGCUGUAGUCCAUAACCAGACUCUAGGUAUGCUGAAACCGGACUCCAAUUAGCUUUUUUGAGGUUAUUAACUCAAGGGUUCACAUACUUUUUCCAGAAGCACUAUGAGGUUUUUUGGUUGUCUUCAAUGAAGCCAAUGAGAGAUCAGAAUUUUUUGUGUAAUUAUUUGUAGACACAUUAUGUUUGUCUAUACACUUAGAUGAAGAUCAGAUCACAUUUUGUGACAAAUUUAUUCAGAAAACUAUGAAAUUCCAAAAUACAUUUUCUUGUCACUGAAUUUGUUUUUGUUUAUAGUUUAUUUAUUGAUGCAGUUGGCAGCAAAGGCACCACAAAAGCAUGCCAUAACUAGAUCAUGUUUACCAUAGUUAACUUUUCAUUUCUACAGGUAAAAAGGGAACAUUUGCAAUAGAUUUGACUACUUUUAGAAAACAAAGUUAAAAUAAAAUUAUUUACACUUUAAGGAACAACCCAUAACUCUAUUUUUCUCCACAGCAAGCUGAAGAAUAUUAAAUAUUUAACUUAAGGUUGUAUUAGUAAACAUUAGUACAUGCAUUAACUAACAUAAAAAAACUGAAUAAUAUAGAUUUUCAGCACCUAAUUAAUCUUUGUUUAUGUUAGUUAAUACCAAUACAAUUGUUCAGGUUAGUUCAUUGUGCAUGUUAACAACUUUUGAUCUUAAAGGGGACAGAGAAUGAAAAACCAUUUUUACCUUGUCUAUGUUGAAUAAUGGUAGUCUAACCACAUUCACGAACAUACAAAAAGUGCUAUACAUGCUAAACAUCUCAGUCUCAUAGAAAUUCCUCUUUUAGAAAUGUCAGCCAGAAAACAGCCCAAUCUGAAAAACUGAUGCUUAUGACAUCACAGGCAUCUAACUGCCCCUCCACUUUAAAAUAAUUGGUUACAUUUUUUGAGUGGCAGCAAAGUCAGCCAAUCAGUAAUGAGAUUGCAAGUUAAGCCAGUAGGGGGAGCCAAAUAGGUGCAAAACCACUUGUUUAAAAUCCCCCACCCUAAUAGAGCUAUCUGAGAGAGGUUUUUAGGAAGCUUCUAAGGCAUUACAGACCCAAAAAAAAAAACUGUCUACAUGUCACAUCACAGAACAAGGAUAAAUACCCCGUUCAAUCAUUCUAUGUCACCUUUAAAAAAUGUAAAAAUUAACAUGAACUAAAAUUAACAAAUGUUGUAGAGGUUUUGUUUAUUGUUAGUCCAUGUUAACUAAUGCAUUAACUUACUGUUAAUUCAACCUUAUUAAAAAGUUUUACCAACUUUUCUAACUUAAAUAAUAGUUGUAUAGUUAGUGGAUACAAUUAAUUCAGAGACAGAAUGAUAAAGGGUAUAAGCGAAUUGCACACCCUCCAAAAAAAGACUUUCAUAGAGGAUAGUGCUAGCAACCCCAGUCAUGGGUUUGAUUCCCAGAUAUGUACAAUCUGAUACUUUUUUACUUGGUAAC